UGACCCGGGGCUCCCCCCUUUAAUGCCAAUUGAUGCCAAUGCGAGUAUGGCGGACCUCGACGACACCAGCUCGAUCGGGAUGACAGAGAAUCAUGUCGGCAAGCGGUGCAACAAGCAGUGGGUGCGGCUGAACGUGGGCGGGACGUACUUCCUGACGGCGAAGACCACCCUGGCGAGGGACCCGAACUCGUUUCUGUACCGGCUGUGCCAGGAGGACUCGGAUCUCAUUUCGGACAGGGACGAGACGGGAGCGUACCUGAUAGACCGCGACCCCACGUACUUCAGCCCGGUCCUCAAUUACCUGCGCCACGGCAAGCUGGUCAUCAACAAGGACCUGACGGAGGAGGGCGUGCUGGAGGAGGCGGAGUUUUACAAUAUCACCGAGCUCAUACGGCUAGUCAAAGAGAGGAUCAUCCUGAGGGACACCCGGCCGCAGAGGGACUCCAAGAAGCACGUCUACAGGGUGAUCCACUGUCACGAGGACGAGCUCACGCAGAUGGUAACCACAAUGUCGGACGGAUGGAGAUUCGAGCAGGUGAUCAGCAUAGGCUCUCAAUAUAACUACGGUAACGACGAUCACGCCGAGUUUUUAUGCGUGGUGAGCCGAGAGUACGGACCUAGUCAGCUCGGCAGUAGAGAAGAGGAGUCUACGGAUCGCGUCAAGGUACCGCUAUCCUAUUCGACUGUUUCCCAUCCUCACUUGAGCCAAAGUAGCCACGGUUAACGCCAUCAUUUUUAUGUUUAUCCCCUUGUACCCGAGUCGGCGCGCGACAUGGACGCGGGUUUAUUAGCCAAGAUUCAAUUCACGUUUUCUUACCAAGUACCUACACCUUCGUUUUUUCAGCGAGACCGUGUAUCCUAAGUAAUCUGUGUCAGUAUUAUUAUUUUCCAGGGUUGGGAGGUAACUCGUUACUUGUAACGAAGUUACAGUUACAACUUCAUUACUCUCUCUCCAUCUGUAACUAUAACUUGACUCGGUUACAUUUUGUCGAUAGCUAGUCACUAAUUUAAUAGUUACUUUAUAUACAGGCUGUCUCGUUUUAAAUGAUCCACGCAAAUAUCUCCAAAAGUAUGAAAGAUACGGACAAACGUUUCAAACAAAAGUUGUUUGGUUCGAAGGGGGACGUAAGGUGGUACCGUUGGUUUCACCUUGAAUAGUUGCUUGAAGGUCACGUGGAGGAGUAACUGCAACUGGUUACAUUUUUAGCGAAGAAACUGUAACUGUAACUGGAUACUUUUAUUAAGUUACUUUCCAACCCUGUUAUUUUCCAUAGGGCUGCCAUCUCUUACUGACCUAGAACUUGCAAGGUUUAAUGGUACUAUUACAUUUGUCGUACGAGAAAUUUGUUAAGCGCGUUGAUUGACUGCAGAAUAGAUAAUUUCUAGAGACUCGAGGACUUUUCUAUUCUCCAGCCAAUUGACACGUUUAAAAAAUUUAUCGUACGACAAAUGUAACACCAGUUUAACACCGCGGGCUUUUCCGACUGACAACUGUUGCUGAUAAAGCGAUAAAACUAGAAGAAUUUUCUGUUUAAACUAUUAAUAGUAGUUCUCGAUAACAAAUAGUAGCUACGAUCUUACGGUUUCUACGCGUAUACACACGCACAACGUGUGUAGCUCCUUAAUGCGUAAAUAUCGCGACUUGAUGUUAGUUCUCAACGGUGUAGCGCACCACUUAAAAAAGUCCCCCCGAAAGACCCAGAAAGAAAAACUGGACGGAUGGCAGCCCUAAUUUCUUCAUGUUGGAUCGCAUGGGGUUAUUUGUUGAGUCUAACGUGCUCCAGCUGGAAACACCGGCACUUUCCUGCCUGGAAAAGGAUUGGAGGAUUGCAAGUAGAAAUCUCCGAGCGCGAGAAAAUGGUCCUAUCUUGCUCUUGCGACCCAACAUUUUGAGUUUUCCUGAUUUUUAACGCUAUUGUGAAGUCAAAUAACAUACCUUUAUCAGUUCUAAUGAGGUGAAAUUAAAACAAAAGCAGUAUUAUUUUUUGGUAUUAACAAUUCGCCUGUACUGACGGCUGGACUGGGUUGGGUAGAAAACCAAAGACGAGCUUUAUCACUGUAUACGCGAUAAAUAUGAUUUAUACAUACACAUUUACCGCGAGAUUGAAUUUUAUCUCACGUCUUAUCACUUUUAUGCUUAAUUCAGCAAAACAUUCCUCUAUACAUUUUUUUUUCUGCAAUAUUGUUGACGGUUGCUUAGAAUUAUUUUGCUUAAUUUGUUUUACGAGGGGACAGAAGUACCAGAAGGAAAAUAACUCUGUUGUAGACGUGAAAUGUUAAGCGGCAGAUUUCAUCAGGUGGCUUCAUUUUUUCUUCAAGUCGAAUCUGUAAAUAAAAGUCUGUCGAUCGAGUUUUUAUUUUAUCAUAUAUAUAUAUAUAUAUAUAUAUACAUACAUAUACGUACAUAUGUAUAUAUGCAUUUUAUAUUUUUAUACAUAUAGGCAUUAAAUAUGCACAUUGACUCAUUAUAUUUAAAGUCGCGUUAAAGAGACAGAAAACCACCUAAUAAUCUGUGAAGCUCAGAGGCCUGUUCGCAUGAGCAUGUCCUGCCUCUGAUAUUUGUUGUAUGUACCAUACAAUUAUUAUUAUUAUUAGUAUUAUUAUUAUUAUUGUACCGCAUGCCGUUCGUUGAAUAAAGAAUUUUUUCUUUCAUUGGUUUGUGGUUAUAUAUACUUUACGCCCCGUGACCUGCAUGAAUCAUACUGCAUGCCAAAUUAUUCAUCAUAUACAUUACGUCCUUUAAAUGCGGCAUAAGAGUGAAUUGUCCAGUGUAUAUUUUACCACCAGUAGAUUAUGUACGAUUUAUUUAUAUACGAUAUAAAAGACAGUCUGUUUAAACUUAUGUGUACUAAUACUAUGUGGGUUUGCUUUUGGGGAGCAGUAGCGUGUUUGGUAUUUCUUAAUUUGUUGGCAACAAUGUAACGGGCGGAACAAUUUGUUUUCAUAACAAGGCCGUAACUUCAAUUGCCGCUGUAGAACCUGCGAUUAGCGUUUAAGCAUUAUUAUAUAAGUGAAGUGAGACUAAUACGUUUUCAUUAAGUUGAGAUUAUUGAAUUCA